AUGCAUUUCUUGGUCGAGUUCGUCUCACGAGGCUUGCCUAGUGUGGUUUACAUCUCCUAUGUUGUUUGGGGGCUAUCACACUGGAGAGGGGUUUACCCAGAGCUUCGGGUAGCGGCUGGGCGUUCCCUUGAUACCAAAGAUAUAACCAUUGUUUUUGAGAGUACAGGGGAAGAGAGGGCUGAUGCUAUUUCUCAUAUGAUUGCUCUUGUCAAUGCAACCAAGGGAGAUCCGGCAAUGGCUCAGAUCGUCGAUGGGAGUGAACCAACUCUAUUUCUCUUAAUUGUCAAGACGUUGAUUACUUUUAAGGGUGGUAAAACUACAAGGUAUAAGAGGUCUAUCAUGGAGAAAGGUGUUGUAGAUGAUACCUUUGAUGACACUAAGACAGCUCUCUUUCGGAUCCAAGGAGCUAGCCCCCAUAACAUGCAAGCUAUCCAAGUUGAUCUAGCAGCAAUUUCUCUUAAUUCAUCCUACUGUUACAUCCUGAAGACUGAGAGAUUUACAUUUACUUGGAUUGGGAAUCUCUCCAAAUCCGGAGACCUUGGUUAUGUCGACAGAAUGCUAGAGUUUAUAAAUCCAACAUGGCAACCUGUAAUGGUUCGGGAAGGUAGUGAACCUGAUAUUUUCUGGACUGCACUUGAAGGGAAGGUGGAGUACUCUAGGGACAAAGAAAUCAAAGGGUAUGUGGACAGUCCACAGUUGUUUGUAUGUACUGCAUCUGAAGACAACUUUAAGGUGAAAGAAAUAUACAAUUUCUCCCAGGACGAUUUGACUACUGAAGAUGUACUUAUACUAAACUGUCAUCAUGAAAUUUGUGUCUGGAUAGGGCGCAAUUCCCACAUCGAUAAGAAAAGAGCUCUUGAUUUCGGUCUGAAGUUCCUUGAGAUGGAGACUCCAGAUGGUGUGCAUCCUCAAAAGACUCCUGUUUACGUUGUUAAUGAAGGAUGUGAGCCGCCAUUCUUUACUCGUUUUUUUGAUUGGGACUUCUCAAGGGCAAAUGUAAGCCUAGUUUCCAGUUGCAUGUUAAUUACUUUUGCAUUUUCUUUUCUGUGUCUUGAUUGUUUUAAUAAUUUUAAUUCCCUUGAAAAAUCGAUGCCGGCAAAGAGGAAAGCAAUAGCUGUCCAGAAUGGCAAGACUGCGACAGGAAGGUGGGUUGAACAAGAGCCACCGACAAAUUUAGAAGAGGGUGAGUCCCAUAAUGAGGCUCUGUCUCGGACUUCUCACAUUCUGCCUAUUUUAGAGGGGCAUGAAGGGGCCUCAGCUCCAGCUCCACUGCCUCCAAUUCCUCCAUCGGGUGCUUCGGGUCAGCAGAUGACCGAGGCUACUUAG